AUGACGACGAUAUACCCCCCGACGAUACACUGCGAGGACCUAAAAUUCCCACGGAAUCUUAAAGAAUUGACCAGCCUGGCUAUCCUUCUUCAGGAAUACAAGACUGACCACAUAUCAUAUGUCCUUCUACUGUUCUGCAGUGCCUACCUCUAUAAACAGUCCUUCGCCAUUCCAGGAUCUGUGUUCAUGAACCUGUUAGCUGGGGCUUUGUUCCCUACAUGGCUUGGCUUUGUCAUUGUCUGUACUCUGACAGCCUGUGGGGCCACCUGUUGUUACACAUGGUCAAAACUGUGUGGGAAAGAAUACGUCAUCAGAUUCUUUCCAGAUAAAGUCAGUUUUCUACAGCAAAAGGUAAAGGAUAACAUGGACAGCCUGUUUUAUUUCCUGCUGUUCUUGAGAUUUUUCCCGAUGACGCCAAACUGGUUCCUAAACAUCGCAUCACCGAUUGUCAACAUUCCAGUACACAUGUUCUUCCUCUCUGUGUUCAUAGGUUUAAUUCCAUACAACUUCAUAUGUGUUCAGACUGGCAGUAUGCUAUCUGAACUCCGAUCUAUAGAGGAUAUAUUUACGCCCUGGACGAUGGCCAAGCUAGGAUUUAUAGCAGUGAUGGCACUUGUGCCAGGGCUGGUCACAAAGAGACUAAAGAAGAACAUUAAGACUGACUGACUAGAUAAAGAGAAAAUUUAGUUAAUAUUUAUCCUAUAUAUUUACAGUAAAUCCGGGUUUUUUUACGGAGACAUUUUUUAUAUUGUUGAUAAUAACCUUUUAUUGAUAAUGCUACAUACCAUGGAUAGGAACUCUACAAAACUGUGAUGUGAUUUAUAAAAAAUUUGUAGGAACUGAAAAUCUGUAUUGAUUGAACAAUAUUGUAUGUUAUUUAAGAUAUGUGGUGAUUUACAUUCCUUGUAUUCCUGACAGUUCUUGGAGUCUUGUCCUAUAUACUGUACUAAUAUUGAUAUCUACAAUUGUUUUUCUCAUUACUCUUAACAUACACAGUUAUCCUAUUUUAGUGGUUUUCACACUAGAAGAAUUACGUUAAUUCUGCUAAUGGCACUUUCUAUAUACUGUUUCAAUGUAAAAUAAUUUUGGCACGCCAUUUAAUCUACAAUGUAUGUGCUAAUUUGUUAAAUUAGGAAAUGCUCUAAAAUCACAGUAUGCCAAAUAAAGUAUAUUUACAGUAGUUUCAAAGAUUCAAUUGAAUAAUAAAAAAUAGCAUUGAAAAGGUAAUGAAGAAAAGUAUGGUGCAUUUCGAAAUUUUUGCCACAAAUUUACCAAUUUUGCUGCAAACCUUCACUUGUAUUGAACUAUUAAAAACAAUCUGUUCUAUUGAAUGUAUGUUAUUGUAGAUGAAAUAUGGGUUCAGUCCGGUGUAUAUUUAAUUAUUGAUAUGCAUAAUACAUGUAGUUCAAUGCAUGCAGUGAAAUGUAAUCAGUUGUGCCGUUGUUGUCAUAUUAUUGUACAAGACACAACUGGCGAUCACCAAUGCCUAUAUUGCCAUUUCAUGUAAAUAUGUUAUUUAGUAAUUUAAUGGUACGUGUCUACACAGUAACAAUUUAAAUUAUUUUUAAAUUAUUUGUGUUUGUGUUGCUGUGGUAAGACCACAUAACCAUCCAGUAUUUUAUAGUGAAAACAUCAAAAUUUUAUGAUAUAUACAUCAAAUACAUGUCUCAAUUACACAGUAAGGGCAUCUCAUGAACAUGAUUACUUUUCUGUUGGACUUUAAAUGGAAUUUUAAAGUUAAGACAUGUAGUGUUAAAAACACAUGUUUUUACCUUUCUUACAAAAAAACAUAGAUAAUUUACAAAUUAAUAACUUUUUUUUUAUUCAAAAGUUCACAAUGAAUUUUGAUUAUGUUAUAGACUAUAUAUAUAUGUAACUACAUGUAUAUACCGAAAGCUAGUACAGUACACAGGUAGUUUGCAGAAAGAUUUGAGGGAUAUGAUCUUGUCAAAAGUUUUUCCAUUAAUCAAGCCAUUCCAUUAUCUGGCCUCUUUUGGCUAGGGAACAAAGGUGGCAGGAGGUACAGGGAGCGACUAUAAUUAAGAAAAUACUAGAGUAUUGAUAGAACUAUCCUGCAUAAGAAAUAUAUUUCACUCGUAUGACAGGAUAUUUCAAUAUUUUUCACUUGUGCUUCGCACUCGUGAAAAUAUCAAUAUUCUGUCAUACUCGUGAAAUAUAUGUUAUAUUCAACGGGAAACCAUUCAAUAUCCUAUAUAUUUUAUUCAGAGUUUCAUUCCUGUUUGGGUUGACACUUUUUAACAAUUGAAUAUUAUUUUCUUUUAAUUUUUCAAAUUUUACUUUUAUUAUAAUAAUUAUAAUAUAAAGUGAAAAUGAAUUACUGUUCAAAGAUUAAGCAUGAAACAUUGUGAUUUUUCAGCAAGGUAUCUUGAGAUGUUGCAUGUUUAAAUAAUCAAAUGCAUACCUUGAUUAUUGUCAUUGUUAUUUGAAGAGAUACAUAUUGUUUUAAAAUAUAACCAUAACGAAAAAAGAUCGCAAACUCACAAUACCUGGUAUCAUAUACUGUACUUGUAUUUGAUUUGUUAGGAUAAAUUUUUCCUUUUAUCAUGCAUUUUUUUAAUAAAAAAUUGAAAUGCUCAAGAAUCUUUAAAGUUCCAAAUCAUUCUCUAAACUUCUCACAAAAACAAUAUUUCAGUUACCAAGAUGAAAAUUAACUCACAAAAUAAGUUCACAGAAUGCUUUAAAACUUAGACAAAAGAGACAAUCAAAAGAGUGUUUGAUCAACUUAAUAUCAUCCCAUAAUAAAUGUGUUGAUUUAAGGUUUGUAUUUUUCUCCUUUUGCCCUGUUAUACAGAGCUAUAAAUAACUCAAAAUCAUAUACAUGUACAUCAAAUAUAUUUUAUCUUUACAUGAUGAUAAAGAUGAGUUUAACAGAAAACCAACAACUGUGAUAGAAUUGGGAACAAAUAUUUAGUCAUUGAAAUAGAGAUUCUAAUACAAAUUUAUGAUGUUAAAUGUCAGCGUUAUUGGGCACAUAUAUAUGGUUAUUUGUAUA